ACUUUUAUUCAAUUCCUGCUAAUUUCUUUACUCCAUACUAUUUGUGUACCGGUUAGAUUUUCACACGACUGCUAGUUCACCCGCAUUUUGGAAAUUUGGCGAUGGUUGACUGAAAAGUCGGAGACUUACACACAAUAUAAGAGUGAUGAAUAGGAUAUAUAUGUCAAUAUCUUUGUAAUUUAUUGAAGUUAGAAUCAUAGAAUUUGAAUCAAAUAUGCAUAAAAAGACUUUUUUGCAUCGUAUAUCACAUAAGAUAAGGCAUUACCUUUCUCAUCAUUUUUCAGUAUCGAAUUUAAAGAGGUUAGCAUUCUUAAUAGCAUUAAUAGCAUGUUUAUCAUCAGGUUCAAUUUUACUAUUCUCUUUGUUUUCAACUUCUUUACAUGAAGUACUUGGCUUAUCCUAUUUACAAAUAAAUUUUAUUGCAUCAUUAUCAGCUAUUGGUAUGUAUCUAUGUUUACCAAUAUUAGGGUAUUUAGCUGAUGCUUAUGGUCCACCUUUAUUAUCUUUAAUUGCUGUAUGGUUUUUUUGUCCAAGUUAUUUUAUUAAUAGUAUAAUGGUUAAAGAUUUACAAUAUAAUGAUAUUACUGAUUUUCAUGUCUAUGGUUUUGCAUUCACCUUUUGUUUUAUUGGUUUGGCAACUUCAGCUCUUUAUUUCUCGAGUUUGUUAACUUGUGCUAAAAUUUACCCAAAUCAACGAGGAUUAGCUAUAUCAUUCCCUGUGAGUUGUUACGGGUUAUCUUCAUUGAUAGGAUCUCAGUUACUUCGUUUACCUUUCUUUAAACAAGAUCCUAACGGAAAGAAUUUGGAUUUAUAUAAUGUAUUCAAUUUCUUUGGAAUAUUAUACUUACUAAUGGGUAUAUUAAAUUUUGUAGCUGGAUCGCUUGUUAUGGUUGAACAAGAAAUUAUAUUUACUCCUGAAGAGGAGGCAUUAUUAAUAGAAUCCAGUUGCUCUUCCUUAGCUGGAUCUGAAGAAAAUGACGAAGAUGAAGUUGAUGAAGAAGGUAUUUUGGAAUUAUCAACCCAAAGGUCAUUAAUCGAGCCACCCAAUCAUCAUGAAAGAUUUGUCUUAUUCCUUAAAGAUAAAUCUUCUUGGUUACUUUUAGUUACUUUAGUUUUAAGUAUUGGUCCUAUGGAAAGUUACCAAAAUAACUUAGGCUCUAUAUUGAAGGUCAUCACUUCCGAUACAGAUUUAGCCAAUCAAUUAAGUGUUAUGGCUGCUUCUUCAACGGUAUCUAGAUUGCUUGUUGGUGGUUUGUCCGAUUAUUUAUCAUCUCCUUCAAGAAAAUAUCCUCUUAAUAGAGUUUGGUUAUUAGCUAUCCUUUUACUUGUGGGAUCUAUCGGCCAAAUUGGAAACAACUAUUUAAAUGGAGAUGGUGACCUUUAUCAUUAUGUUUCUAUGUUGAAUGGAGCAUCAUAUGGUGGAAUGUUUACAUUAUAUCCAACUAUUGUAGCAUCUAUUUGGGGGAUAGAUAUCAUGGGCUCAACUUGGGGUGCCUGCAUGAUUGCUCCUGCCAUAGGUUCAGUAAGUUAUUCUUUAGCUUAUGGUAGAAAGAUGGAUCAAAGUAGUGAUUUAUCAAGUUAUUUUAUUUUGACAGGAAUUAGUUUGUUAUUAAGUAUGGUUUUGGUAAUUUUCAUUUGGAAAAUUAUUUGGUGGAAAAGAGGUUAUAGACUAUUUUAAAGGUAUUUAAAUAAUAUAUUCACUUGCAUCUACAAAUUAUAAUUACUAAAGGAGUGAA